GAGACAGAGUCAGAAGGAGAAGCACCAGGUCGACUUUCAGUCUUUCUCUCAUUAAGCAGCUUGAUGAAUUAAGAUCUUCUAGAAGAAAAUUUACAAAUUGGAUCCAAACUGUAAAAAGAAACAAGAAGUUUGUGUUAAGAAAUGGAAGUCCAGGCUGUGCUCGUCGUCCUCUUCAUGUUCGCUUCCACCGUGAAAACUGAUGAAAAUGGUAACAGUGUUGAAGGAAAAGUGGAGUUCUGGAGAAAAAACGUCAUACUGACCUGUCCAGGCAAAGCGACCUGGAAUGACAUUGAGAAGAUGGAGGUCCAAACUGAGAACACAAUUAGAACUGAGUAUACACAGCCAUUAAAAGGCUACUGUGAAUACGAUGAUAAUGCUAAAACUAUUAAAUAUCGUUUCUACGUGAAAGGAAAGGCAUGUGAAAACUGCUUCGAACUGGAUGCAACUGUCUUCAUGGGGGUCAUCAUCGUGGAUGUGGUCGGGACAGCAGUUGUGAUGAUGAUGAUCUACAAGUGCAGCAAGAAGACAAGCUCAGAUAAACGCUCUCACUCCCCCAAACCACCUCUUCCAUCAGGACACCGACCUCCACCAACUGUCCCAUCUCGUGACUACGAGUCUCUGAACCCUCACACUCGAGCAGCUGACACUUACUCCACUGUGGUGAACAGGAUGGGAUAAAGACGCAUCAUCUAAAGUCACUGCAAACAGGAUUUCAUUUGUAAUUUUCACUUUAUCUCAAAGAAAAUACUGCUUGGUCAGGUAAAGCAGAACUUAUUGACAACUGGUUCUGAAAUUGGUUUAGUCUUCCUGUUGAUUGGUCCUAAAUCUGUUAUUAACCCGAGUUGCUUCUUUACACCCAGAAGUAGCUCAUUGUGCAUCCACACACUUAUAUUAAUGAAAAAAAAUAAACGCACAAAUAGAAUUAGAAUUGUUAAAAAAUUUAUAUGAUGCAGAUCUUCGUCUGAUCUUUGACAGUUUUCCUGUUUUAUAACAAAUAACUAAAAAAAGCUUGUUUAAUUUCAGACGUAUAAGCUUACGUAUACUGGCAGCCUAACCGCACAUGUAAUACGUGCAUUUCCCAACAUACAGUAAAGGAUCAGAUUUUUCAGUUAGCCACGUUUUACACUCAUAUUGUGCUGUUAAGUGCGUUAAUUAAUCUUAAUGGUUAACUGCCUGUUCUUCUGACCCAACUGUAACUAACUAGCGACAACUGAAUACAAACUAUAAAAUGUUUAGAUGGUAUUUGUAUGGACGGGUUUCAAACUAUCUACUUGUAUGUUUUUGAAGUCUUUACAUUUGUGCAAUAUUGUAUUUGCAACAUCGUGUAAUUCAAACUUUAAGAGUCCUUCUGUUUUUAAAGCCAGACGAAGCAUCUGGUGGUUUUAGAGCUCAGAAAGGUGCUUUACAGUUUUAGUGAACUAUUUUUUGCUGUGGACAAACACAGCCUUUUAACAUUCUGGUGACUGCACUGAAACCAGCCUGCAAUAAAAGACGAACAAAAAAACUAAAACAUGGCAUCCAUUCCUGUUGAAGGAGAGCGGUAAUGUGAGGACAGGACUUAAGUUAAUCAAAAACUAAAUGUAACCAGGAGGAAUUAACAAACUAUCUACAUAAUACUGAUCAUUAGACAUAGAGAUGUGUUUUUUUAUUAUUAUUAUUGCACUUAUAAUCCAGUUUAGUGUUUAAUGCAAUCCACAGCUGUCCGCCAUAAAGUUUGCCCUUAUAAUCCUGGUUUAUUUACUUUCUUAUAGUUGUGUGAUAUUUCAGCAUCCAAUAUGACUGGCAUGCCACUUCAGGAAUAUUUUGCAUUUUUCUUGUGCACGAUUUAAGUAAUUCCCAUGUCAUUUUAUGUUAGCCUCAUAGCAUUGCUGCCUCAGUCAGGGGUCUCCAACCUGCGGCUCUGGAGCUGCAAGAGGCUCUUUGGACCAUCCACAGUGGCUCUUAAUAACAAUGGCUAAACAAUCACGAAGAAUAAACUGAUGUUUUUAAAUAUAGACUCAAGAUGAUUUAGCAGUUUUUCAGUUUUUUAUGGAAAAAUUGCAUUGGAUUUCCACAACGUAAUGACACGAAAAUGACCAUAGAUUUAUUUUUCUUGUCAUAAGUUUGGAAACUAUUUUUUUUACAUAGUUUUAAAAAUCUACAUCUCAAAGAAGAAAAUGAAAAGUUUUGUUUUUCUUCAUUUUAAAACCUAAAAAAUAGAAAUAAAAUUGUGAUUCUUCAGAAAUUACCACAAAUUUCCUAUAGCAGAAACUGCAUCCAUCAGAAAUGAUAAGUUGUCUUUUUAAAUAGAUUAUGUAACAUUUGCAGCUUUAAACGUGUUUCAUUUGAAUUGGCUGAGGGCAAAAACGGCUCUUUGGAGCUUAAAGAUUGCUUAUCCCUGGUCUAAGUCAUAUUUUAAGGUUUUAUGGGCAAUGAUGCACAAUCAAUCAGCAAUAUCAGGAGAGUAAGUUUUGACAAAGAUAGCUACAAUAUGACUGAGGCAACUAUGCUAUGAAGCUAACGAUGCUGCACGCUAAAAGCAGAGCAAGUAUUGGAUGGUGUUAACUUCUGAGAUGAUUUUAUGUUUUUCUGAUAAUCAAAGUCUUGUUAAUAAUUAUGUUGUUUUACAAAGCAUAAAAGUAAAUUGUAUUUACAUGUGUUGUUUGCUUAAAAAGAUCCUUAAACAUGUGACAGCAUUGGUUAAAUGUAGAAUUUAUGUUAGCAGAACUAAAGAUUUUAGGGGAUUUAUUGUACCUUGUGUAUAUCUAAAGAGUGUUUAAAGUUUUCUUAUCUUUUAAUAAAGAGCUAUAAUGUUUAAUUUACAAUCAACAUCAUAUAAAACGAUUGCUUAAGUACUUUUUAAACCAGAUAUUUCUCCUGUUUCUGUGCUAUUAUAAUUCUUGCUGAUGAAAUCAGUUGCUUUUUGUCUAUCUGGCUUUCUGCUUUCUCAUUUCACGGAUUUUUCUUCUUGUAAUUGUCAUUAAUGAAAUAAACCACAAUCAGCCCUG